AUGCGGCGGUGUACUGCUGUGGUGGCGGUUCCUCUCUGCGGGGCUACUGUGUCUUCGCUAUCAAUAUGCACAACUGUGCGUAUGUGUUCAGAGAAACCCCGGCCGUAUCGCAGCAGCACAUCCUUUCGGCUGCAGCCGCACGAAGUAAAUGAGACAAAUGUACCCUCCGCCCGCGAGGUGGCUGAUAUGAUUCCAUCACGUGCGGAGUUGGAACAGCAACUCGCCUCCGCCCGUGAAUUGGAAGCUCGAUAUAUUCACAAUAAGACUCCACAGACAAAGUGUAGUAGCGCAGAAGAAUCACCACUUUGGCCCAAUAGUGAUACGGUAGAAGAAAUUAUGGAUGAGGAACGAUACGGGGAUGGAGAGGAGGAAAAAGUCCCACCACCAUCGCCGCAGCAAAUAUUACUUGCUUGGAAAGCACUGAUGUGGGGAUCACUCUACGCCCUUGUUGGAGUUACGAUGGUGGUGUGUAUAGCCAUGUACACCUGUGGGAUGCGAAGUCUUGCGGAUGUACUUUUGUAUUUGCGAGAUCGUCAAGAACGUGAACGCCGUCAACUUGAAGAAGUUGGAGAAAAUGUGAAUUACUACGUGUUAGAUCUGACGAAUCCAUCCACGUUAAUUCAACAGGUGGAGGAAAUUUGGCAGGCAUUGGAAGAUCUCGCGAAUGAAACAGAUGAGGAGGAGGGGAAAGAAGUAAAGUCUUCUGGUAAAGUGACAUCAUGA